CCAACCGACCCAAACUAAACCCACAGUUCGCGUUCUGUCUUCAUGCGGGAAGGACGUAUGCUCUAUGGAAUGUAUAAUUUUUUUGUGCAUAUCAAAUUGUUUAAAAUCCUUAAAAUACCUUAAGUUUCUUGAUUACAUUGACGAGAAGUGACUUUGCCGUGAGAAUUGUGAAGAAAGAAGACUGUUUCGUGUAAAAAUACAGGUGAUCUUGUGAUGGCCCUCUGAUCCACCAUGAUGAAGCGAACAGGCGUGCCCCGGCUGGCCCCGGAUGAGCCUGCCCCGCUGCCUCAGUCACCUGCCCAGAUGCAGCAAGCUGGUGCAAGCAAUAUGCACACUCUGGCCCAAUCGGCCCAACCACAAAUACUUGGUCCCGCCGCCAUGCUGUCCGUGGGCGGGUACGCUCGCGGCGCCCGCCCCGCCGGCCCGGCGCCGCCCGUCAUCAACUACAUGAAGGCUGGCGUGCAGUACCCCAAGCAGCCGCCGCAGCCGCAGCAGCCACCUUUACGGCACAAGCUGGUCCCCGCGCCGGUGGCGCCGCAGCUGCCUCUGGCGACGGCGGGCCCGGGCCCGGGCGCGUCCCCGCCGGGCGCGCCGCCCGCCGCGCCGCCUGGCGCGCAGUUCCAACGACUCAAGGUCGAAGACGCCCUCUCCUACCUAGACCUGGUUAAAUACAAGUUCAACACGCAGCCACAGGUCUACAACGACUUUCUGGACAUCAUGAAGGAGUUCAAGAGUCAGACGAUUGACACCCCGGGCGUCAUCACCCGGGUAUCGAACCUGUUCAAGGGGCACCCGGAGCUAAUAGUCGGGUUCAACACCUUUCUGCCCCCCGGAUACAAGAUCGAAGUUCAGAGUAACGGCCAGGUGUCUGUGUCGAUGCCGUCUCCGACGGGGCUGGGCGGCGGCGUGCUGCUGGGCGUGGGCGGCCCCGGCGUGGGCCCGCAGCCCGCCCACCACCCGCCCGCCCAGCUGGUGCACCUGCUGCCCGUCGCGCAGUCCGUGAGCAACGCCAUAGUGCAUAAUCUGUCCGUUAGUGCCACUCCGGCGAACACACUGCACCAUAUAUCGCAGGCGCACCAGCAGAUUGAGGCGGCCAUACACCAUGCGCCUGGCACAGUGGCGCCGCCUGCCGGCUCGGGGCCGCACGCUGCGCCCGCGCCGCCCGGCCAGCCAGUCGAGUUUAAUCACGCCAUCGAAUAUGUCAACAAGAUCAAGUCUCGGUUCUCCCGGCAACCGGAUAAGUACAAACGGUUCCUGGAGAUACUGCACGCGUAUCAGCGGGGCCACAGGGACGUGAAGGAGCCUCAAGCCAAACAGCAGACCGAGCAAGAAGUGUAUUCCCAGGUGGCGAAGCUGUUUGAGAACCAGGACGACCUGCUGGCGGAGUUCGGCCAGUUCCUGCCGGACGCUAAGGCGGUGACCAAGCCGCAUUAUCCGCCGCACCCGCGCACGCCGCCGCUUAUGCCGCCCCAGCAACGCCCCGAGCCGGAGCCGGAGCGCUUCCUGCCCGCGCCGGCGCCCUCGCCGCCGCACGCCGCGCCGCCGCAGCAUCUGUUGCCACAGGUGCCCAAACACACCAGCACUGUGUCGAGCAGCGCUCCGCCGCCGCAGCAUUUGAAGCGAUCGCCCAGCUUCACGUCUUCUACUCAGAUGCCUGUCGGCCUCCCGCCGCCAAAGAAGUCCCGUCUGUCGUCUCUGACCGGCAUUAUGGUGCGCGACGUGUCGUACGCCGAGGCCGCCAAGUACGGCACCCAGCAGGAAUACAACUUCUUUGAUAGAGCUCGUCGGGCCCUCAGGUCGCAGGAAGUCUACGACAACUUCCUUAGAUGCCUGCUGCUGUUCACGAACGAGAUCAUCUCGUCCUCGGAGCUGGUGUCCGUGACGUCACCGUUCCUGUGCCGUCACCCCGAGCUGCACAAGUGGCUGCAGGACUUUGUGGGUCCAGUGUCGCCCCCUUCCACCCCCACUCAGCCUACCCCCGGCUACAACAACAGCUAUGGCAUGUCGAGCAACAGUCUGUUGGGCUUCGAGCGCGAGCGGUUGGACCGCGAGCGCUCACUGGACAACAAGGCGUCCGUGCGCUACGAGCCGAUUGGUCCGCUCGGCGCGCAGCUGCGCCAUGACAGGCCGCAGGGCGACGCUGCACUUGACAUAGACCUGUCGACGUGCAAGCGGCUGGGCACGUCGUACUGCGCGCUGCCGCGUGAAGCUGCCGCCCGCCGCUGCUCCGGCCGCACGCCGCUCUGCAAGGAGGUCCUGAACGACACUUGGGUGUCCUUCCCUACGUGGAGCGAGGACUCUACGUUCGUGACGUCACGCAAGACGCAGUAUGAAGAGUACAUCUAUCGGUGCGAAGAUGAGAGAUUCGAGCUGGACGUAGUAAUAGAAACCAACGCGGCCACUAUCCGCGUGCUCGAGGGCGUGCAGAAGAAACUGUCGCGCAUGACGGCCGAGGACGCGGCCAAGUAUCGGCUCGACGACGGGCUGGGCGGACACUCCGCCACCAUCCACCAGAGGGCGCUGCGGCGCAUCUACGGCGAGAAGGUGGCGGUGGAUAUAAUAGCAGGACUGAAGAAAAACCCUGUGGUGGCGGUGCCCGUCGUGCUCCGCCGGCUCAAGGCCAAGGAGGAGGAGUGGAGAGAGGCGCAGAAGGGCUUCAACAAGCAAUGGCGCGAGCAGAACGAGAAGUACUACCUGAAGUCGCUGGACCACCAGGGCAUCACGUUCAAGCAGAACGACCUUAAAGCCAUGCGCAGCAAGUCCCUCUACAACGAGGUGGAGAGCGCGUACGCGGCGCGGAAACCAGGCCCGCAUCUCGUGCACGACUACCACAUGAAGAACCGGCAGGAAGCCAUCAAAGUGGUCCGCGACGCGGCGGAACUGCUGAUUCACCACGCGCGGCGUCAGACCGGCAUCCAGAAGGCUGAGAAACGUCGCAUCAAGCAACUGCUGCGGCACUUCCUGCCCGACCUGUUCGCGCACCCGCGCCAGCCGCUCUCCGACGACGAGAGAGAUGAGGAAGAGAAAGAGGAGCCCUCGAGCCCGGCCGGGAGCCCUACGGCCGAGACUGCGGCUGAAGACAAAGCCGUCAAACAAGAGAAACAAGAGUCGUCAGAAUCGGACAACGCGUCGGACAAGUCGUCGCGCCACCACAAGAACGACAAGGAGAACAAGCCCAAGAACAACAACCAUGAGCCGCGCGGCGACAAACUAGAGCCCAAGGACGAGGACGACCUUAGGGACCAUCCGCCUAACCCAGAGAGUUGUGAGUCUCAAGAGGCUAAGGACGAGGAGGACCUUAGGGACCAUCCGCCUAACGAGGCGCGGUUCGUGUGCACGAUGUCGUGGUACAUCUUCCUGCGGCUGCACGGGGUGCUGUGCCAGCGGCUCGGGGCGCUGCGCCGCGCCGCGCUGCAGCUCGCGGAGCGCGAGGCCCGCGAGCGCGCGCAGCGCCGCCCCAGCGUCGCCGCCGCGCUGCGGCUCAAGCCCAACAAUCUACCAGCGGACGCGUCAAGCCCCGCAGACUACUACCCUGCGCUACUAGAGCUAGUCCGCGGCGUGCUAGACGGCAACACCGAAGCCACGGCGUACGAGGACGCCGCUCGCGAGAUGUUCGGCAUACACGCCUACCCCGCCUACACGCUCGACAAGCUCGUGUGGAACGCCGUGCGACAGCUGCAGCGCUGCGUGUCGGAGCCGUGGUCGCUGCGCGCGGCGGAGCUGGCGGCGCGCGGCGGCAUGCGCGGAGCCCUAUCCUACGUGAGGAGAGCGCAGCGCUUCCUGCACAAGGACCACACCGCCUUCCUCAUCAAGCUGUACGGUGGUGACGAGUGCCGUGUGUCGUUCGAGUUGCUAGAGAGUGGAGGGGAGGGCCGCGCUUCACCGAACAACGACACCUCGCGGCUGUCACCUACCAAUCAGUCCCGGGGGUCCGGGCCGCACGGGUCCCCUGUGUCGCGGCUGGCCGCGUGGUCGCUGUACACGGAGCGCUACGCGCGCCCCGACCACGCGCCCUCGGCCAACAAGCCCGUGUUCCUGGCGCGCAACGCGGCGCGCUGCGGGGGCGCCAGCGCCGGCCCGGGCGACAACGUGGCGCCCGGGGCGGGCGCCAAGGGCGGCGCUAGAGGCAAGAGGAAACCGCACAGGAUCGUUGACAGAAGCGAGUGCACGCUCAGCAGCGGGAUCAGUUAUUCUGUGCCCUCGGCCAACAAGCCCGUGUUCCUGGCGCGCAACGCGGCGCGCUGUGGGGGCGCCAGCGCCGGCCCGGGCGACAACGUGGCGCCCGGCGCGGGCGCCAAGGGCGGCGCUAGAGGCAAGAGGAAACCGCACAGGAUCGUUGACAGAAGCGAGUGCACGCUCAGCAGCGGGAUCAGAUUGGUGGCGUCUCGGCCGCACCACUUGUACCGCUCGGGGGCGCUAGCGGCCGCUCGCGCGUCGCACGCGCGCCUGCACGCGGCGCGCCGCUCCAAAUUCAAGGCGUGGCUUCAAGAAAACGCCUACCGAUGA